GCCACGCGGUAUUCGGCAUACCUGUAGAAGCUGUUGAUAAGCUUACGUGCAUACAUAUUAUAGAGAAAAAUAACAAUCCAUACCGAAUUUUAGACUAAUGGCUGCAACGGUAGACCGUGUCUCAAGCCAUGAAGAAUCCGCGGAUGAGAUAGAAGCAGAGGAACUAGAGGAAACACUGAGAAAAAGAAAAAAAUUAGAACUUGAACUCGGAGAGGUUAAGUACAACAAGAAGUUUACCGCUCCUCUGAAAAAGAAACGCAAAAAUGAUUACGACCCGGUAGAAGAAGCCAGGCUUGAAAGGCUCGUAUUCGGUGACCAUACCGACGUUAUUAGCAACCUUCUGCAAAAUGAGCACAAUGAUUCUAAAUCACAGACGACACCCUUGGCUAAGGUUUCAACCCCCAGUAAUGAGGCGGACGAUUCUGAUGACAAUGAAGACACUGAUGACUCUGAGUCGGAUAAAUCGGGUUCGGAAGAUACAGAGCAAGGUACAGAUGCUGAUUCAGGAGUUGAAGAUGAAGAGUUGAAGACUGAAAAACAAGUGGCAUGGGUAGACGAUGAUGACGAAGAAAACCUCUCCGUUGAAGAAACCCUGCGAUUACAAGGGCGCAGACUGUCUGUGCAGCGGCCUGAAAAACAAUACAAAGAACUGCUGCGAAACCGGUAUCAACAACUUGUUGGCACUCCUAAGUGGGCUGAAAUUGGUGCAAAAAAAGAACCUGGAUCCGAAGAGGAUUCGGAAGACGAAAUAUUGCGGCAUAGCAGUCAUUUGAUAACACCAAAACCUAAGAAUUUAGCACAAGGAACAAUCGAAUUGAAAGCUCUAAAAAAUAUAAAUCAAGAAACUCGAUCCGAGGGGCCUGUAAUAACAAGUCUUCAAUUCCAUCCAACCUCUACAGUGGCGUUAGUUGCUGGAUUAUCUGGAACACUGUCAAUAUUUCAAAUUGAUGGCAAACAGAAUACAAAACUGCAUAGUAUGCAGUAUCGAAGAUUUCCGAUAAAUACAGCCAGGUUUACAAAAGAGGGAUCAGAAAUAGUGGUAGGCUCACAACGACAUGCUCAUUGUCACACCUACGAUUUAUUGGCUGGAAAAACAUACAGGGUACCACUACCACAUGGCAUGACUAAUAUGAAGAACUUUGAAGUAUCUCCAGACGAGAAAUUCAUCGCCGUAUGCGGAAGAAUGGGUAAUAUAUACAUCCUGACUAACAAAACCAAAGAACUUGUAAGCACUUUGAAGAUGAAUGAUCAGUGUAACACUUUGGCAUUCUCUCCUGAUAGUAGGAAACUUUUUACACAUGGUGAAGGAGGCGAAAUGUACGUAUGGGACAUGAACGAACGGACCUGUAUACACCGAGCCAUAGAUGAUGGUUGCCUAUCCGGAUCUAGAAUUGCAGUUUCACCCAGUGGGCAAUAUUUAGCCACUGGAAGUAAACAGGGAGUAGUGAACGUCUAUGACACAAGUACAGUCUUAGACAGAACCAAUCCGACCCCAUUGAAAAUAGUCCUAAACCUUGUCACUUCGAUAACAAGUUUGAAAUUUAAUCCUACAUCGGAGAUUCUUUCAAUGGCAUCAGACGAGACGGAAAAUGCAUUUAAAAUGAUGCACCUACCAUCAGCUACGAUAUUCUCAAAUUUUCCAACAUUUCGAACAAAAUUUUUUAAACCCAUAGCCGUAGAUUUUUCUCCCAGCAGCGGGUACUUGGGAAUUUCAAAUAACAAAGGCAACGCCUAUUUGUAUCGGUUAAAACACUACGGUAACUAUUAGUUACUACCUACCGAUAGUACUGCUGCAUAUUCAAUCAACUACUCUAACAUAAAUUUACGAGUGACAUCGGUUAUUAGUUAUCCAUAAUUACCUAUUGUACAAAAUAAAACAUCUUAUGAUGACUAAACGAUGUAAUUCGAAUUAUGUAUAUAGUUUCACAAUGAUUCAUGAAUAUAAUAUGUAGCCAUAAAAAGCUGCAUUAACUUUUUG